AUGUGCUUCACUUCUACGCCAUCCACUCGUUUUGACAGCCCAGCCCAGUCCAGCCCAGUCCAGUCCAGGCCAGGCCAGGCCAGGCCAACACUGUCCGGCCCACUUUCGACCGUCCCGCCUCCACCCGACCUCCAGCCCACCUCCGCCUCACACUUCCGCCCCUCUCAGCCACAAUGUACCCUUGAGACAGCCCCACGACUGUCUUGCCUAGGACGUGUCGUCUCCUCUCGGCGGUUGCCACCCCAGCAGACACAGCUACCAGAUUUGUCAGACCGGUUAAUCCGUCAUUCCGAGAUGCUAACAUCAACAACAUCUGCUCGCUUUGCCUGCCUGCCUGCUUGCCUGCCUAGCCUCUCCCCCCUAUAA